GGUCUGGCCACGCUUAUGUCAAAAUUGGUUUCCGCUGAUUUGACAAUGCCCCUUAGUUCUCCUUUUCAUUUCUUUUUCUCGUAGAAAUGCCACCUAAAAAGCCAACCGAGAAAUCCGCGAAGCCUGGCGAUAAGAAGCCAGAGCAGAAGAAGGCUGCCGCCGCGGCGCCCGCUGCUGCCAAGAAGGAGGCACCAGCUGCAGCUAAACCCGCUGCCGCUGCUGCACCCAAGAAGGCUGCUGCGCCCGCUGCCAAUCCGCCCAGCCCUGGUGCCGCUAAGCCCGCAGCUGCUGCUGCUAAGAAGCCCGCCGUGAAGAAGACCGUGACGAAGCCAAAGGUCACAGCUGCUGCCAAGAAGGCGGCUGCCAAGCAGCCACAAAGGCUGCCGAACGCCAAGGUGGCAGUGAGAUAACUUUUACUGCUAUAAUAACUUCAUAAAACCCAACGCCAACAGAUCGUCAAGGGUGCUUUUGGCACACGCACGCGCAAGAUCCGCACCAAUGUGCACUUCCGUCGUCCAACAACGUUGAAGUUGCCCCGCAAUCCCAAAUACCCAAGGAAGUCGGUGCCAACCAGGAAUCGCAUGGAUGCUUACAACAUCAUCAAAUACCCGUUGACCACGGAAGCAGCCAUGAAGAAGAUCGAGGAUAACAACACUCUGGUCUUCCUCACACACCUGCGCGCCAACAAGAACCAUGUGCGUGCCGCGGUCCGUAAGCUGUACGACAUCAAGGUGGCUAAGGUUAACAUUCUGAUCCGUCCCGAUGGUCAGAAGAAGGCUUAUGUGCGCCUGGCGCGUGACUACGAUGCUCUGGAUAUCGCCAACAAGAUCGGCAUCAUAUAAACAUUUUUGUCUAUAAACAAAAUAAUAACUAAGCUGACACGAUUCGAGUCUGGGUAUAAUAAACAAACAACAAAAACACCACUCAAAAACAACAA